AUGGCUAGUCCUCCUGUUCUAGCUUUCGACGCCGAGGGCCGUCCGGUCAAAUUCGAAACCUGGCUAGAUGACCUGCACCUUUUCCUACAGCUCACUGCCAAGGAAGAUAUUACACUGUACGACCACGCUCUCGGCCAUGCGACCGCCCCACUCGCUACUGCCCCCCCAGCUGAGCGCUCACAGUGGCAGACCCGUGACGCGCACGCUCGCUUUGCUAUUCGCAACUCCCUGCCGCUAGAUGAGCGCGAGCACUUCGGCCAGUGCAAGACUGCUAAGGACCUCUACACAGCUGUAGUGGCCCGCUACUCCUCACCCGCUUCUGCCACUCUAGGCCGCCUCACUCUCCCCUACCUGUUCCCCGACCUAGCCUCUUUUCACACUGUCGCAGACCUCAUCACCCACCUUAAGACUAGUGAGGCUCGCUUUCGCGCUGCCAUGCCUGAUGAGUUCCUCGCUAGCAACCCCCCCCCGCUCUGGAUCACUCUCUACCACGUUGUCACCCGCCUCCCUGACUCUCUGCGCCCUGUCAGGGACCAGUUCCUCUCUCGCUCCCCCACUGAGCUCACCAUAGCCCUCCUCGAGAAGGAACUGCUUGCAGCCGAGGCUAGUAUCGUCGCUGUAGGCACCUCUCGUGGCGACCCCCGCGGCCCCUUCUUCGAGGGGUGCUCCCCUUCCCCCCUCCUCCCCUCUGUCGCCUCUGCUGCUGCUGUCGACCUCCUUGGUGCUGAGAAGGUCGGGGCUGCGUCUGCUUCAGGCGGACGACGCAGGGGCAGGAGUGGCAGGAGUGGGGGUGGUGGCGGAGGAGGCGGGGGUGGAGGUGGUGGCGGUGGAGGUGCGACUGGAGAGGCUAGUGGCGGCGGUGGUGGAGGCGACAGCGGAGGCGGAGGUGGUCGUGGCAGCGGCAGGGGUGGAGGUGGCCGGGGCGGAGGCGGAGGGGGUGGUGGUCGUGGAGGCCCGGGGGGCGGUCAGAGUCAGCAGCCUGCCCCGACCCUUCAGGCCGCCCGUGAGUGGUAUGCGCGGCGCAGCGUCACCUGCCAGUACGUUAUUCGUACAGGUGACCGCACUGGCCAGACGUGUGGGGGGCCGCACCAGACGGAGCGCUGCUUCGCCCGCCUCAACGAUGCGUGGCGCACUCAGUUUCCUGGUGGGGGUGAGCUGCCGCGCUGGGCUGAUCUGCUCAGGAAGGGUGUUGAUAUUUGGGCACUUGACUUUGAUGCUAUUCUCACUGCCAUGUAUGCGAUGUCUAUUAGUGGAGAGGGUGCUCAGUACUUGCGUGUUCCGCCCGACCCGGGCAUUCAGGCCAGCCCCGCUGCUGCUCUAGGUGCUAGUGUGUCUGCUUCCACAGGUACUACUGCAGCUGCUGCUCUAGGUGCUUGUGCGUCUGUGCCCCCUGGUACUGAGUCGACUGCAGCACUGCACACCUUCACACUGGACUCAGGUGCUUCUCGCUCUUUCUUUCGUGACCGCACUGUCCUUGAGCCUCUAGCUCGGCCGGUUGCUGUCUCUCUUGCUGACCCCUCUGGGGGUCCGGUCCUUGCGACCUCCUCCACCACCCUUCCGUGUCCAGCGGUUCCGUCCGGCACGCUCUCAGGUCUCUACCUCCCCUCGUUCUCCACGAACUUGGUGGCAGGUAGUGCGCUCCAGGACUCGGGUGUUCACCAGUUCACCCCUGCCUACGAGCGUGUGACUCACUGCACGUGUGCUCGGACGGGCCGCCACCUAGCUACUUUCACUCGAGAGCCGGGGUCUGACCUGUACACACUGACCACUGAGUCCCCUCAGGUAGCUGCGUCUGCGUCAGCGUCAGGUCAGCUGUCCGCCCCCUGCUCGUGUCGCUCUCUGGCGAACGACACCGUCCUCUGGCACCACCGCCUUGGUCACCCGUCUGUGCAGCGCCUGCGGGCCAUGCACAAACGGGACCUUGUUGCUGGUCUUCCCAGGGUGCUCCCUCCCCUUCCUGACUCCCCUGCUCCUGACUGCAUUCCCUGUGUCGAGGGGCGGCAGCGCGCCGCUCCUCACUCCUCCUCCUUUCCCCCGACGACCGCUCCCCUGCAGACGCUCCACAUGGACGUGUGGGGCCCGGCCCGCGUCCGUGGUCAGGGUCAGGAGAGGUACUUCCUGAUAGUUGUUGACGACUACUCGCGCUACACCACGGUCUUCCCCUUGCGCGCCAAGGGUGACGUCCCUGGUGUUUUGAUCCCCUGGAUCAGCCGAGCCCGUCUCCAGCUAGGCGAGCGCUUUCACUCGGACUUUCCUGUCCUGCGCUUGCACUCUGACAGGGGUGGUGAGUUCGCCUCCGACCUCUUGGCAGCCUACUGUGCUGAGCACGGCAUUGAGCAGUCGUACACGCUUCCGGCCUCUCCACAGCAGAAUGGGGUUGCUGAGCGCCGCAUUGGCUUAGUCAUGGAGGUCGCUCGUACCUCCCUGACCCAUGCGGCUGCUCCCCACUUUCUGUGGCCGUUUGCGGUCCGGUACGCAGCGCAUCAGCUCAACCUCUGGCCCCGUGUCUCCUUGCCGGAGACUUCCCCGACUCUACGGUGGACGGGAGAGGUUGGCGAUGCGUCGCGUUUCCGGGUCUGGGGAUCUCGAGCUUUUGUCCGCGACACGUCCGCGGACAAGCUCUCGCGUCGCACUGUUCCCUGUGUCUUUCUUGGCUUUGUUCCCGACGCGCCUGGAUGGCAGUUUUACCACGUCACCUCGCGCCGGGUUCUGGCCUCUCAGGACGUCACUUUUGACGAGUCCGUCCCCUUCUACCGCCUCUUCCCCUACCGCACUGCCCCGCUCCCCCCCCCACCUCUCUUCCUCGCUCCAGGUGCUGAGGUACCAGACCCCCUCCCCCCUCAGGGUGCCGCUCCCUCAGGUGUGUCCCAGGUAGACCCGGAUGAGCCUGUCGAGGUAGCUGUUGACUCGCGUCCUGCGUCUAGGGGUGCUGAGCCUGGGAGUGCUGCGUUUGAGGGUGCGGAGCCUGGGGGUGCUGAGCCUGGAGGUGCGGAGCCUGGGGGUGCUGAGCCUGGAGGUGCGGAGCCUGGAGGUGCGGAGCCUGGAGGUACUGAGCCUGGAGGUGUGGAGCCUGGGGGUGCUGAGCCUGGAGGUGCGGAGCCUGGAGGUGCGGAGCCUGGAGGUGCUGAGUCUGGACGUGCUGAGUCUGGGGGUGCUGAGUCUGGGGGUGCUGAGCCUGAGCGUGCUCCACCUGGAGGAGCCCCCUCCUCCCAGCAGCUGCAGGAGAGGUACCUCGAGUACUGCCGCCUCCGGAGAGGUGCUUCUGGAGCUCGUCCCGGUACUUCCCCUCCUUCCCAGGAGCUCCCCCCCAUUCAGGUGAUCCGCGAGUGGUACACGCGGCGCUGCAGUCUUCGUAGUGGUGCUCCUGGUACUGCGGACCCGAGCGGUGGUGCUGUUGCUGGUGCUGAGGACCCGGACGCUGGAGCUGCUGCUGGUGCUGAGGACCCGGGGGCUGGAGCUGCUGCUGGUGCUGAGGACCCGGGCGUUGGAGCUGCUACUGGUGCUGAGGACCCGACCGGUGGCGCUGCUGCUGGUGCUGAGGACCUGACCAGUGGCCCUGCUGCUGGUGCUGAGGACCCGGGCGUUGGAGCUGCUGCUGGUGCUGAGGACCCGACCGGUGGUGCUGCUGCUGGUGCUGAGGACUCGGGCGUUGGAGCUGCUGCUGGUGCUGAGGACUCGGGCGUUGGGGCUGCCACUGGUGUCCCUGCUGCUUCUGGAGACGCUGCGCGGCCGCGACCGUACUUCGUACCGCUCCUUCAGCAGGUUCUUGGUCAGGCUCCUCCUCCUUGUCCUCCUCCCUCCGUCGAGUGUCCUCUGCCUGUCCAGCCGCAGUCACAGUUACCGCCUGUCUCGCCUCUCCCUGCUCCCUCCCCUUACGCUGGUCCCACAGGAGGUCUUACAGAGCGUCGUGAGCCUGAGUCUCGUCCUGCGUCGCCUGUUCGUACUGCUCGCACUGGUCGUCGUGCUGCCAGUCCCACUGUUACGCGUCUCCUCGCUACAGUUGUCACUGACCCGACCUUUGAGUCCUCUGCUGCGUCUGCCCUGGUCGCUGAGUUGGUUGACUUUGCUGCUCGCUGUCGCCUAGACUACGCUGCCAGCCUUGUCGCUAGGUCUGAGUCUGCGUCUGCCUGUCCUCCGUCCGUCGGGGGUGAGUGUGCCCUCGGCACGGACGUCCUUGAGGACAGACAGGAGGAGUUCCACUGCCUUGCUGCUGCUUUGCCCCGUCUCGUGUCCUUGCUAGUUGCCCCUGAGGGAGACCCGGAUGCACCAGACAUCCCGACCCCACGCUCUUACGCUGAGGCGAUGGCGGGUCCCUACUCCUCUCAGUGGCAGACAGCCAUGGACGCAGAGAUGGCCUCCUGGAAGUCCACAGGCACCUACGUAGACGAGGUUCCCCCUCCUGGGGCGAACAUCGUCAGUGGCAUGUGGAUUUUCAGGGUGAAGCGGCCUCCGGGUUCUCCACCUGUCUUCAAGGCGCGCUACGUGGCUCGAGGCUUCAGUCAGCGAGAGGGAGUAGACUUCUUUCAGACCUUCUCCCCCACCCCGAAGAUGACUACUCUUCGGGUGCUGCUGCACAUAGCCGCUCACCGCGACUACGAGCUUCACUCUCUUGACUUCAGCACUGCUUUCUUGCAGGGCAGCCUGCACGAGGAGAUCUGGCUGCGCCGCCCCCCUGGCUUCACUGGGUCAUUUCCUCCUGGCACCCAGUGGAGGCUUCAGCGGCCGGUCUACGGUCUCCGCCAGGCGCCACGUGAGUGGCACGACACACUGAGGACGACACUUGCGGCUCUUGGGUUCGCUCCCUCUACUGCUGACCCGUCGCUGUUUCUACGCACCGACACCUCGCUGCCGCCGUUCUACAUCCUCGUGUACGUCGACGACUUGGUCUUUGCCACUGCUGACACCGCGGCACUCGCUCACGUGAAGUCGGAGCUGCAGAGGAGACACACGUGCACAGACCUGGGUGAGCUGACGAGCUAUCUUGGCUUGCGGAUCACCCGGGACAGAGCACGGCGCACCAUCACCCUGACUCAGUCACACAUGGUGCAGCAGGUUCUCCAGCGCUUCCGCUUCACGUACUCCUCGCCUCAGUCCACUCCUCUGCCUACCGGUCACUCGCUCUCAGCUCUGCCUUCGGAUGAGUCCGUAGAGCCGAGUGGCCCGUAUCCAGAGCUUGUGGGCUGCCUCAUGUACCUGAUGACCUGCACUCGACCUGACCUUGCAUACCCUCUUAGCAUCCUAGCACGCUAUGUCGCUCCUGGCCGUCACCGGAAGGAGCACAUGGAUGCUGCUAAGAGGGUGUUGCGCUACUUGUGCAGUACGUCGGGCAUGGGGCUUGUGCUUGGAGGGCGAGACCGGGUUGUUCUCACAGGGCACUCAGACGCUUCUUGGGCAGACGACCAGGCUACUCAGCGGUCGUCCCAGGGUUACACCUUCAGCCUUGGCUCUGGCUCAGUUUCUUGGCGUUCUACUCGCUCUUCUUCUGUUCUCAGCUCCAGUUGUGAGGCUGAGAUCUACGCCACAGCCAUGGCUGCUCAGGAGCUACGCUGGCUGACCUACCUGCUGACCGACCUCGGAGAGCGGCCUCGUUCUCCUCCAGUGCUGUACGUCGACAACAAGGCUGCCAUUGCCUUGUGUGAGGAGCACAGACUGGAGCACAGAACGAAGCACAUCGCUCUGCGGUACUUCCUUGCUCGAGAGCUGCAGCAGCGUGGUCAGCUUUGUCUGCGUUACGUGGCCACGGAGGCCAACACUGCUGAUGUGUUCACCAAGGCGCUUCAGCCUUGUGACCAUCAGCGCUUUUGCACUCUACUAGGCCUUGUACCUACUGGGCCUCACUUGCUUACCUCUUGA